AUGCCUAUGCACCAAUACGAUUACCUCUUUGCGAUCGGCACGCUGUUCGCUAUCCUCGACGCCUUCAACAUUGGCGCUAACGACGCUGCCAAUAGCUGGGCGACGUCUGUCGCGAGUAAAUCGCUUACGAUGAGGCAGGCAGUCCUUGGAGCGGCGGUCAUGGAGUUCGUCGGCGCCGUCUCGGUUGGAUCCCGCACCGCCGACACCAUCAAAAGCGGCAUCAUCCAGUCGGCCGCCUUCCGCGGCGACCCAGGCAUCCAGCUCCUCGCCUUCACCUGCGCCAUCGUCGCCUCCGGCAGCUGGUUGAUGGUCUGCACUCGCAUGGGCUGGCCCGUCUCGACUACGUACUCGAUUGUCUCUGCGGUUGCUGGUGUUGGUGUCGCGCUUGGCGGCGCAGACUCGGUGCAGUGGGGUUGGAAUGGCGGAAAAGGUCUCGCCACCAUCUUCGCCGGCUUCGGUAUCGCCCCCGCCAUCGCCGGUGGCUUCGGUGCCGUCGUCUACCUCCUCGUCAAGUUCGGUGUCCUCGCCCGCCGCAACUCCUUCCCCUGGGCGCUCGGCAGUGGACCCGUCGUCUUCUUCACUUGCGCGGCCGUCAUGACGCUCUCGAUCAUCUACAAGGGCGCUCCAUCGCUCGGCCUCAAGGAGCUCUCGAGCAGCGGUGUCGCGGCUGCCACCGUCGGAACUGCCGCGGUUGUUGCCCUCCUCGCCGUCCUCUUCUGGGUUCCCUACGUCCACGCUCGCGUCGCCAAGAAGGAUUACACCAUCCGCUUCUACCACUUCUUCCUCGGCCCGCUUCUCUGGUUCCGCAAGCCCCCCGCAGACGCCGAGGAGCGCCUCUCGUCCGUUCCCGAUUACCGCAUGCGCGCCGACCGCGAGGGCGAGACGCACGGCAACGUCCGCCAGCCCGUUCAGGACGCCGAGUCUGGCUCGCCCAGCGAGUCGUACGAGGACAAGGACAAGAUCAUCGAGGGCGAGGACACGACCGUCCCCCGGACGCACGAGUCGACGCUCCAGAAGGAGGUUGAGCGCGCGGACCCGCACCCGAUUGAGGGCGUUUGGGCGGAGCCGAAGAACCUCUGGAUCAUCCUUCGCUACAAGGCGGUUCCGUACGUCAAAAAGGUCCUCACGCACGGCACGACCUACGACAUCCACGCCGCGCAAGCCGGUCUCGCCGGCACUCCCGAGCACCGUCGCAUGGCCCAGGUCUACGAGCGCGCCAAGCAGUACCCCAACGAGACCGAGGCGUGCUACUCCUUCGUCCAGGUCCUCACCGCCUGCGUCAACUCGUUCGCCCACGGCGCGAACGACCUCGGCAACGCUGUCGGCCCCUUCGCGGUUAUCUACCACACCUGGUCGACGGCAACGCUCAGUGGCAAGAAGACGGAUGUGCCUGUGUGGAUCCUCGUGGCCGGCGCGUGCUUCCUCGUGCUUGGUCUCGGGACAUACGGUUACAACAUCAUGCGCGUUCUCGGCAACAAGAUUACGCUCCACUCGCCGUCGCGCGGCUUCUCGAUGGAGCUCGGCAGCGCCAUCACCGUCGUCCUCGCGUCGCAGUACGGCUUGCCCGUCUCGACCACCAUGUGCAUCACUGGCUCGACCGUCGGCGUCGCGCUCUGCAACGGCGACUUCCGCGCCGUCAACUGGCGUGCGGUCGGCUGGAUCUUCUUGGGAUGGGUCAUCACCGUCCCCGUUGUCGGCACUCUUGCUGGCUGCUUGAUGGGCAUCGUCCUCAACGCGCCUCACUUCCCCUCGCAGUAG